GGCCUACAAAUAAUUUUUCUGCAUCUGGAUGUUAAUAUCCUUUUUAGUUUACAUAGGGUUAUUUUUCAAAGAGUAGCCAAAUUUUCAACUUAAGUUCAAAUAUAUAAAUAAUGACAUACAGUUAUUGUCGUUUUUGAAAAUACGAGUAAAUAAGGUUUCUACUUUUAUUUGAAGUUAUCCCAAAUUGAAUGUGAUUUGUCGGCAACAACUACGCUUACUCGCGCUCCUCUGUGUGCAAUUCAAUUCACGUUUUUCCAGACUGAUCGACCUUUACGAAUGUGUGGCUGCUUAGUAGGCGUUAGAUAUUUUUGAAUGACAAUCACUUACAAUAAUGCAUCAUCAUCAUCAUCAUUACAGCCCUUCACAAGUCCACUGCUGAACAUAGGCCUCCCCCAAAGAAUGCCACAAAGCACGGUCCUGAGCCACCUGCAUCCAUCGACUUCCUGCAAAUCUUACCAGGUCGUCACUCCAUCUAGUGGGGGGACGCCCUACACUUCGCCUGCCGGUACGAGGCUGCCACUCGAGAACCUUUCUUCCCCAUCGGUUGUCGGUUCUUCGAGCUAUAUGGCCGGCCCAUUGCCACUUCAGCUUACUAAUCCGUUGGGCUAUGUCGGUCACUCUGGUUCUACUGCGGAUAUCCUCAUUUCUGAGUUUAUCACGCAGAGAAACUCCGAGCAUAGCCCUUUCCAUAGCUCGCUGAGCGACCUUGAGCUUCCUCAUCCGGCCAGCAGUGAAGGACCACGUCUCAGUUCCGUAUGUCAUCACUGGCAACACGCACUGGGUGUACAGUCUCGUUUUCAAGUUUUGAGGUAUACCUGACGAGAAGAUGUGCCGUAAUUUCCCGAACGCUGCCCAACCGAGUUGAAUCCGUCGAUUGACCUCUCGGUCGAAGUUGGACUUACCUAGUCGGACUAUUUGUCCCAGGUAAACAUACUCGUCAACAACUUCGAGCUUAGUGUUCCCAACAACUACCGGCAUAGGUGUGACAUGGACAUUAAACAUGAUCUUUGUUUUGUCCAUGUUCAUCUUAAGACCUAUCCGUUGGGAAACACUAUUGAGGUCAUUGAGCAUAGUGCUUAGGUCCUCCAGCGAUUCUGCCAUAAGGACUAUAUCGUCGGCAAAUCGAAGGUGAGUGAUGUACUCGCCAUUGAUGUUGAUACCGUAUCCUUUCCAGUCCAGAAGCUUGAAAACAUCUUCCAAUGCAGCGGUGAAGAGUUUCGGGGAUAUGACGUCACCCUGUCUUACACCUCUCUGCAAUUGGAUAGGUUUCGUACUCUGGUUCUGUACUCGGAUAGCCAUCGUAGCCCUACUGUACAAGCACUUCAACACUUCGAUAUACCGACAGUCAACUUGGCAUCGCUGAAGGGACUGCAGCACCGCCCAAAUUUCGACGGAAUCAAAGGCUUUCUCAUAGUCCACAUACGCCAGACAUAGUGGCAAAUUGUACUCCUCGGACUUCUGUACAAUUUGCCGAAGGGUAUGUAUGUGGUCUAUGGUGCUAAAGCCUUUUCGGAAACCGGCUUGUUCGGGAGGCUGGAAGUCGUCAAGUCUGCGCGCGAGGCGAUUCGUAAUGACUCUCGAAAACAGCACGUAGACGCGGCUCAGAAGGGAAAUCGGUCUAUAGUUCUUCAAGAGAGCGUUGUCGCCUUUCUUGAAGAACAAGACCACCGCACUUCUGCUCCACGCCUCCGGUGUAAUGCCACCAUGGAGGACGGAAUUAAAGAGCUUCUGAAGGACUUCAAGUACCGGUUUUCCACCCGCUUUCAGAAGCUCCGCUGUAAUUCCAUCCUGGCCUGGGGCCUUGCCGUUUUUAAGGUGCUGGAGAGCCAUUCUAAUCUCGCUCAGACUGACGUCCGGGAUAUCAUCGGAAUAAUGUCGGAUAAGACUCGCUCUUGGAUCGUUACUCACACUUGCGUGUGGCUCCAACGAUGACGUGUACAGUUGUCCAUAGAACCUCUCAAUCUCACUCAAAAUCUCAGGUGCCCCGGAAACGAUGCUGCCACAUUCGGUCUUCAGCCUUGACAGUUGGCUCUUUCUGGCAGACAGAUCUCUGGCAAAGACUUUGGAGCCUUGGUUCCGCUCGAUCGCUUCUUCAAUACGAGCUGUAUUGAAGUUGCGUAAGUCCCGCCGCAUGCAUUUGGAGAUCUGUCUGUUCAGUUGCCUGUAUGCUGUCAAAUCUGUUGAAGAAUGUAGCUUCAUCUCCCGUCUAACAGCCAUGAGAUUAAGAGUGUGAUCGGAGAGUUUUUGUGUUCUUCUGCGGCGGGUCUUGCAGAACUUAGCUCCGACCGCAUGGACAGUUUCCACGAGCUUGUCAUUCAAAUCGUCCACUUCAUUGCAGUCUUCUAGGCACUGAAAACGGUUUUGCAACUCGAGCUGAAAGGUUUCGGGACUUUGGAUUAGAGCACGAGGGGGACGGAGCGACAAUAAUGCAUUAAUAUGCAUUUUAAAUUUAAAAGAUAAAAGGGAUCUAAUGUUUGAGAUUUUUUUUAUAUUAAUUUUGGUUUACCAUUUGGUUAUAAUACUUAUUGUGAACCUUCUCUGCCUUGUCAAUUAAAUGUCAAACUUCUUUUAACCUAAUGGUUUGACUGGGAGAGAACGCUCUAUGGGUUUAAGUCCGCCAUGUGUAUAAAUAUAUAAAUAAAGUGUAGCAUGAUGUCCCGCCAUGUGCACACUUUGAAACUGUGCGUUGGAGCGUGCAGUAUGGUGUUGUAGUAAUGUUUAGUAUAGAGUAUCGCUGCAGUGUGUGAGAGGGCGGGCAGCUAACGUAACUGAAUGGCAGCAUGUCGUACUUCCCCAGCUGGCGGGCGAUGCGCGGCGCGCGCGGCCGCGGCAACAACAACAUCCGGCAGCCGCGCAGCAGCGCGCCCGCGCCCGCGCCGCACGCCGCGCCGCACGCCGCACAGCACCACUCCACCGCCGCCGCAAAGUAGAAGAUAGCAUGCCGCAGGGAGUACACUGAAUCUUAAUUUAUUAUCGCGUGGACUAAUCACAAAGCAAACAAGUAACGGAAAUGCGUGAGAUGGUGAUUUAAGUGUGUUAUGUAAUCUAUUUAAAAAAGCUGAAGUUGUAUUUGUGGGAAGAAAUUAGGGAUGUGAUUUUAAGAAGAUGGACAUUGUUUUGGUGUGAUAGUGUUGUAUCCAAUAAAUGGAAGGUGUCAGCCGGUGAUUCCCGCAAGAACGAGCAAGCAAAAUAUCUACGUCCAGAUGCAUUCGCACUUAGUAUAGUGUAAAAAGAGUAGGUGAGCAAAAUGUGUUCUCUAUUUUGGGCAGUUUUAUUGACAUCCCCUAAAUUUCGACAUCCUUGUCUAUAUUGAAGCUAUGUUCUGUGAUUCUGGAUGUCAAUAUCAUAAUUGUACCAUGUAAACUGACUCCUCGUAAUUCUAAUGAGGCUAUGUAGCAAGCCCCUGCAUAGUAUUAAAUGUCAUGCCCAAUGAAUUAUAUUUUCAUAGCUUCAAACAUAUUACGCAGUUGUGCCUAUUAAAGUUGUAACAAGAUGUUGUUAGAUUAUUAAAUAUGUUUUACUACGGUCAAGUUUCGAAAUGUCAGAGUUUUUGUUUUAUUUAAAAUAGCAAUGACUGAAUGUUGUAACAAUGGUCCUUUAAUGAAUGUGUUAGCUGACACUAUUAAAUCUUAGCUUAUCGAGAUACCUUUGAGCAUGUUUAAAUUGCUCUGCUGGCCAGAUUAUUCACGAAUUUUUAGGUAGAUUAAUGAAACUACUCAAGGUGUCUUCGGCUUUAACUUAGAAAUUACUUGAGUUAAUCGUUGACCGUAUUUUAUUGUUAGAUAAUCAAUGUGAUGGUGGGACUGCUGAUGUGAUCUGAUGACAGUAUCGCUGGAUUUGUAGUUAUUAUUGUAAAGUCUUAAUGGACUACUUUUUAUUGGAGUGAUUUUUAUUGUAAAGGGAUACUGUCAUGUUUCAUGAUAUGCCACAAUUGGAAAAAAGUUACAAAAAAAUUGUUUUAUCAUACAAUUUAUUAUUUUUAGUGUUUUCAAAAUGUUCAUUAAAGAAUAGGACUGUCGUUACUAAAUUGGAAUGAUUUCAUUAACUCAGAGAAAAUAUUGUUGUAUAAUUAAGAUAGUCCUUUAUUUAGACAAAAUUCGAAAUACAUUUUUUUUUUGACUAAAAUAAUAUAUUUGUAAAUCUAUCACUCAAAAACUGUACCUGGUGAUUGUAUUAAUAUGGAAAUAUACAUUUACUACAAAUCUUCCAUUUU